GCAGCCGGUGGCGGCCGCGCCUGUGAGGUGACUCUGUGUGUGCGUGGCCGUGUGAGGGAUGGGCCCGGCCGGGCUCCGACGUGCCCGCGGGGUUAUAGUUGGAGUCCCUCUUGCUUUGAGAAGCAGAAUGACCGUCUCACAGCUCUGUAUUGAGGAGAGGGCAUAGAAGGUCUGCCACUUCACUUUCCCCCAAGGUGUGUAGGAAAAAUGGUGCAGAAAUACCAGUCCCCAGUUCGAGUCUACAAAUAUCCUUUUGAGCUCGUCAUGGCAGCAUAUGAGAAGCGCUUUCCUACAUGUCCAGAGAUCCCAGUCUUCCUGGGGAGUGAGAUCCUGCAUGAAUCCAGGAGUGAUGAUGGAGCCAUCCACAUUAUUGAACGGAGCUGCAAACUCAACGUGGAUGCUCCAAGGCUGCUGAAGAAGAUUGCAGGGGUAGAGUAUGUCUUCUUCAUCCAGAAGAACACAGUGAACUGGAAGGAACGAACUCUCCUCAUUGAAGCCCACAACGAGACGUUUGCCAACCGGGUUGUUGUCCUCGAGACGUGCAGCUACUCAGUUCAUCCUGAGAAUGAAGAGUGGACUUGCUUUGAACAGUCUGCAUCUCUUGACAUCAAGUCAUUCUUUGGCUUUGAGAGCACAGUGGAAAAAAUUGCCAUGAAGCAGUACACUUCAAACAUCAAACGGGGCAAGGAAGUGAUUGAACACUAUCUGAAGGAGCUGAUCUCCCAAGGAAUCACAUUCAUCCCCCGCUGGACACCUCCCCAGACAUGUGGACAGGAGGAGGAACAAGCUCCAGCUGUUGGAAAGGAUGCUGGUGACUUACCCACACUGCUGGAGUCUGAGACUCCUGGAUCUACCAAAGAGCCAAGUGGCAGCUCCUGCCCUCCAGCAGAAGCUGUGAGCCCUGAUGCUGACAAACUGGAUGCUGACUACAUCGAGCGCUAUCUGGGCCAGUUGACUCCAAUGCAGGAGAGUUGCCUGAUCCGCCUUCGCCGGUGGCUUCAAGAAACACACAAGGGCAAGAUCCCCAGGGAUGAACACAUCCUUCGAUUCCUGCGGGCUCGUGACUUCAACAUCGACAAAGCUCGAGAGAUGCUCUGUCAGUCCCUGUCCUGGAGAAAGCAGUACCAGGUGGAUUACAUCCUGCAGUCCUGGAGGCCCCCUGCCCUCUUGGAUGAAUACUACACUGGAGGAUGGCAUUAUCAGGACAAAGAUGGACGACCCCUCUACAUCCUUCGCCUGGGCCAGAUGGACACGAAAGGUUUGGUGAAGGCUCUGGGAGAGGAAUCGCUGCUGCGCCACGUUCUGUCAAUCAAUGAGGAAGGACAAAAGAGAUGUGAGGAGAACACCAACGCCUUUGGCCGCCCCAUCACGUCCUGGACGUGUCUGGUGGACCUGGAAGGGUUAAAUAUGAGGCAUCUGUGGCGGCCUGGGGUUAAGGCCCUGCUUCGGAUCAUCGAGGUGGUGGAGGACAACUACCCUGAAACCCUGGGGAGGCUGCUGAUAGUGAGAGCACCCAGGGUGUUUCCUGUGCUCUGGACUCUGGUCAGUCCCUUUAUCAAUGAGAACACCAGGCAGAAGUUCCUCAUUUACAGUGGGAGUAACUACCAGGGUCCAGGGGGGCUGGUAGACUACGUGGACAAAGAUGUGAUCCCAGACUUCCUGGGAGGAGACUGCAUGUGCACUGUCCCAGAAGGUGGGCUGGUUCCCAAGUCACUUUAUCAAACAGAGGAAGAGCCAGAGAGCUCGGAUCACAUCCGCCUGUGGACAGAAACCAUCUACCAUUCUGCAAGUGUCCUCAGAGGAGCUCCACACGAGAUAGUUGUGGAGAUCCUGGAAGGGGAAUCUGUCAUCACCUGGGACUUUGACAUCCUGAAGGGAGACGUGGUGUUCAGCCUCUUCCACUCCAAACGAGCUCCUGAGCCAAGUCACAAGGAAGCCACUUUAGCAACCUCCACUGGUGCUGGGGACAAUGCCCAGCUCAUUGACAGGACCUGGGUGCUGGGGGUGGAUUACAGCAGGAUGGAGUCUCCACUCGUGUGCCGGGAAGGAGAGAGCAUCCAGGGUUCCCAUGUGACUCGGUGGCCUGGCUUUUACAUCCUGCAGUGGAAGAUGCACGGCCCCUUGCCCUGUUCUGGCACCAGCCUCCCUCGGGUGGAUGAUGUUCUUGCCUCUCUGCAGGUUUCCACUCACAAGUGCAAGCUUAUCUACUACUAUGAGGUGCUUGCCUCCAAGGACUUCAGGGGAUCCAUGUCCAGCCUGGAAUCCUGCAACAGCGGCUUUUCCCAGCUGAGUGGAGCCACAACAUCCUCCAGCCAGUCCCAGGGCAGCUCCCAUCUUUCUAGAUAGCAAAGCCACAGCUACAGCAGCAAGGAAAAAAAUCAACCUGGGGCUUCCUGCCCCCUCCCUGAGCUGCUCUGGCCACCAAACCAAAGAGCCCCUCGGGGCUGAACCUUGAGGCAGCCGCUCGUGUGAGCAGAAGGAGCAGCCACUGGGACACAGAGGGGCUCUGGGAGCUGCCUCCACCAUCACACCUUGGCAUUCAAAGGGCAGGUGCUGACCUUCUCCAUGGGAUGCCUCCUUCUCAGUACUCUUUUACACAAAUGGUGGUUUUUUGGGGGGUGAAUGUCAGUUUGCAUGAGUCUGUGCAUUGCUCAACUUCCAAGGGCUCUUUCCAGUCAGUCCUUUUCCUUACUGGGGUAGAGGAGACUGGUGUUGCCUUAUUUGGGUCUGUAGGGUGAGAUGAUUGACAUGGAGCCAAACAGAUGCAGUUUCUGAGUGCCCAGAGCCUCAGUCACACAUCAGACAGUGAAAUGGGCAUUUCAGAGGCAGGGACUUGAGGCCAACUGUAAAUAGCUUUAUCCUGGUAGAGUGUUUGAGAAAUCAGGUCCAGGUCAAACCCAAAACCUCUGUGGAUGUGACAGGAUGCUCUUAGGAAAUGUGGUGGAGUUGUUCUUUAAGCCACUGAGACACAAGUCAAAAUGGAUUGUCUAGAAAGUACAGGCAGAGACUCUUCCUGCAGGCAGCAGCAUCUUUCUUCAAGACAGACUUAGUGUUCCUUAUUUCCUCAGGUUUCCAAGCAAUAACGAGUAGAUCUGACCCAGCUCAUCGUGCUGGGGCCAGAAUCAAACUGCAAAGGGCUAAGAAAAGCAAUAUUUUCUUUCCUGAAGGCACAAAACUUCUGUGGCAGUGUUGUUAGGACUUUGCUGCUUUGAAACACGAGCUAACUUGAAGAGAACUUUUGAAACACAAAGGCAUGUGUGUAUUUAAGCACUUACUGACAUGUAUUUAUUGCAAGACUGGCUUGUUUUACCUUCGUUUUUAACUUAUUUAUAAUGUCAGAAAUGGCAGUUUAUUAAACCCUGAAGCCUU